ACACACAGAGGUUUGUACCGAAUAUACAGACCCUGACGGAUUGACUCUCUCACAAGGUGACCACACUCCAAAAUACACAUAAAAAACAAGUGCCAGCGUCGAUCUAUCAUCUUAGCAGUCACUGCCAUCUUUCUCUUCUGCUUUUUCGAAUCCAAACCCCUUCCACAGAGAGAGCCUAGCAGACAAGGUGAGUGCAAUGCCUCUUCUAAGUAAAGCUGGGAGUAUACUUAGGCAGACUGCAAACAGGCAGGUCAAAUCUGAGUUAUCGUCUUUCAAAUUGUCUAUCCAUCAGGCAAUAAGAUGCACAUCAUCCAUGGGAAGCUCAGAAGCCUUGAGAGGAGAAACAGUCAUGGACCAUGACACUGGAAGAUCUACAGGACUUGGAUUCAUCACUUCUAGUGCCAUCCAGCCCUUGGGCGGGCAGGAGCUCCAUGGUCACCAAGUAAGGAUGAAUUUUGCUACUGAUAGGCCUCGAAGUAAUUUUGGAGGUUCUUAUGGUGUUUACACAGGAGGUGUAGUAGGUUACUAUGGUCAACAUGGUUCUGGAUAUGGUUUUGGUGUUGGUUAUGGUUUGAGGAGUUAUGGAGGUGGCGCCGGUGACAAGGUUUUAUCCACUGGUAAGAGCAGCAACAAUGGUCCUGUUGCUGGUGUUGGUAGUGCUGUCAACACUACUAUUGGUAGUUCUGAUAAAAUCGGUGUUGGUCAGAGAAACAGCUUUUCCAGUGGAGCUACUGCAAACACUGGUGGUGCAUAUGAAAUUGCCUACACCAGAAGUGGGGCGCGCACAGCUAAUGAAGCUGGAGUCGUACCCAAUACUCUUCGUCCGUUAUCCCCCCAUCUUCCUGUAUACAAGCCACAAAUCAAUUCGACAUUUUCAAUACUUGACAGAAUCGCAGCAUCUUACCUAACCGCUUUAUUUGUGGUGUACUCUCUUGUUUGUCUGAAAAUGGGUCCUAUUUGCUUCACCUUUGAGCCUUUCUACAAAUUCCUGUUUUAUUCUGUAAACCUUGUCCCCCUCUCCCUUGAGCUUGCUGCUUUAGCAAUGGCCUAUCAUACGUAUCAUGGGAUCUGUCAUCUAUGGGCCAUUAGGGGAUCUAGGUUUCUUAGAUCCCGAAAGUAGUGAAAUAAAUGGAAGCAGUUCUGAAAAUGCUAGCAGGGAAGGUUUCGGCAAUAGGAGCAAUAAUGGUACUGUGUGGUGUUGGCAGUACAACUUCGGUGUGGGGGGAUAGCAAUAACAGCUUUCCAGUGGCGGGUGAUGACACUGGUUACUUUCUCAAAAGGGCUGUGCUUUUCUGCAGUGUUACAAGUACAUUGUGAAUUUUUUUUUUCCUUUUUGGUUAAUGGCCCCCUCCUUUAUCUGAGAACUAUUUGUUUCAUCUUAGUUGGAUUUGGCUCUGUGAACUAUAUGGCACUUCUUUUCUGCUUUCCUCUUUCUAAUGUUUUGAACUUUUAGAUUUGAAAAUGAAAUUUCAGAAGGGAUCUGGUAGAUUGCUAUAGAGCAACACUUUAAAAAGAGUUGAUAACUUACGAGUUUGUU